AAUCUGAAUCGGAGAGGGGGCGGGUCGAUGGGCGGGCCCAGCGCGAAGGGGGGACUCGUAUCGAGGUGGAGGGGGCGGGGUAGCUACUAGGGUGCUGUUCAUCCAGUCUCUUGCCAGUGUCUUUGUCUCAUACUCUUUGUUAGCCAUGCCUAGCUUGCUGGUUCUAGCAGGGAUCAUGGAGAAAAAUGGGGGCUACGGCGGGGAUUUAGCCGGCUCCGGCUUCUGCAGCGAAGGUCUCCUGGUGCCACCCGAUGAGGAGGAGGACGAUUCCCGUGCCCUUAGAGUUGCGCUGGGCCAACUGUCGCUGUUGGGUCUUGGAGAGGGCGAGGACAGUGGCGGGGCUCCUGCCGGUGGUGGAGUUCAAGAUCGGAGUAACAACAACCAUCUCAAUCACGUCGGAGGAGUCGGAUCCGAAUCCGGGAUGUUACAGGGGAAGAGCAAGUUGUGCGCCCUGUACGAGAGCUCGUCCACCGAAAUCAAAGGACGGGGCUGCAACAUAACUGAGUGCGUCCCCGUGCCAAGCUCCGAACAUGUGGCCGAAAUAGUGGGGAGGCAAGGCUGCAAAAUCAAAGCUUUGCGUGCAAAGACAAACACCUACAUCAAGACCCCGGUCAGAGGCGAGGAGCCUGUCUUCCUCAUCACCGGCCGCAAAGAAGACGUGGCCCUGGCCAGACGAGAGAUCAUCUCAGCCGCUGAGCACUUCUCCAUGCUGCGAGCCUCCAGGAACAAGCUGGGCGUCUCUUUCAGCGGCUCACCCCCUGCACCGCUACCCGGCCAGACCACCAUACAGGUGAGGGUUCCCUACCGCGUCGUGGGUUUGGUGGUGGGACCCAAAGGCUCGACCAUAAAACGGAUCCAGCAGCAAACGUGCACGUACAUCGUCACUCCCAGCCGCGACCGCGACCCCGUCUUUGAGAUCACAGGCUCCCCGGGGAACGCCGAGCGGGCUCGGGAGGAAAUAGAGGCGCACAUCGCCUUCCGCACGGGCGGGCUGCACGACCACAACAAUGAGAACGACUGCUUGGGCUCCGACGGUGGCAACGGGGGUCUGGAGAGCCGCCUGCAGCAGGUGUGGGGGCUACAGGGGGCCCCGCGCAAGCCGCUCACCAGCAGCUACCGCCAGAAUUUCUCCGACGCUGUGGUCGGAAGUAGCGGAGGAGGGGGGAUUUACAGUAAAGGUGACUUUACCAGCCCCAGCAACGGGGACAAGCCAUGCUCUUUUUUCGGCUCUGAGAACACUCAGAGCUGGGGGGACCCCGACUAUCCCAAACAGGUGGCGUACUACACUCAGCAGCGCUCCAAAAGCUUCGGAGGCCUGCCUCUCCCUCUGACCAGACUGUCACCGGGCCUACCCGACCCGUGCGGCACCGGCAACUCUAACGUCGUCGGGUCUCCCCACGCCCAGGCGCGCCGCGCCCACAGCGAGCCGGCUAAUGCCACCACCACCUUCACCGGGCGUCUCCCCGUGCCAGAUUCGCCACCCGCCAUGAUCCGGGAAUGCAUGACCUGCUUCGAGAGCAAAGUGACGGCCGCUCUCGUUCCGUGCGGCCACAACCUCUUCUGCAUGGAGUGCGCCAUCCGAAUUUGUGAGCUGAACCAUCCGGAAUGCCCCGUCUGCCACACCCUGGUUACACAGGCUAUCCGAAUAUUCUCUUAAGAGUUCUUUGUUUUGAUUUGGUGCGUGUAUUUUGUUUUACUCUAUAGAUUCAGUUGACCUUUAACCUUUCUUUAUUUUGUCAGUAUUCACUCUGUUGUUGUUUUUUUAUUAUUUUUCAGAAAACAUAAAACCUAAACAAGCAGAUAUUUUAGAUGACACUGCUUGCUUUACUAAAAAAAGAAGAAAGUAUUUUCAGAUUUUUCUUUUGUAUGUAAACACAUAUACAUAUAUAUAUUUUAUAAAAGUUUUUUUUAAACUGAAAGAACGUAGUUCUUAGCAUGUUUAAUUGUUUUUUUGUUUUGUUCUUUUAUUUAAUUUUUUACUGGUGCUGUUUUGUCCACGUGCAGUGUGGAGAGUAACAGGAGAAAUAAUGUGAACAUUUGACACUUUUUCCCUUUUCUGGGGAAGUUUCUCGUUACUGUCAUUCUUUUUAUUACAAUGAUGAUGAUGAUAUCAAGUUUAUUUCCUAACAUUGGAUUAUAGUUUUACAUCCCAGCGUCUUCUGCAAAAGAGAAAGUAUUCUUUAAGGCAAACUAGAAUCUUUGCACCUUAAAACUGAUUUCAAGUGAUUGUCAAAAACAAAAGCAUUUGCUAGAUGUUAUGGAUGGUAUAGAAAUGGCCAACAGGGCUGAUAUAUACGUUUGGACACGCAACCUGAUGUCGGUGUGGCUUUAAAUUCGGAUCAAGUUCUAAAUGAUAAAAUGUGAAUUCAUACGUAGGGUUGAUCUGCUUUUCUAAUCAAUAAUCUGACGGGUAACUGACAUGUUAAAACAGGGAGAUUCAAAUUGUUCUUUUUUAGCCUAUUGUGUAAUAUAUCAGAAAAAAAGUCUUACUGGGUACACUUUUGUUUUAUCACAAAAAUACAUGUUUUUUUUUCCGAGUGUUUUGCUGUAAAUUGUUUGGUCAGCUCAAAUGCCUUGGAAUUCAUCCAGGAGGUAUUUCCCCAUUCAUUUCAGUAACCUGGUUUUCUCAUUGAGCUCUUUUGUAAUUGCACUCAGUAAAUUCACAAAUUCUUUUUUUUCACAUUUUUACUACGUUCAAAUGUAAGGCGUGAGAUGAAGUAAAAUAAGGAAGAUGUGGGGGGGCUGCAGGGGGGCUCGGUAAUCUGAUCCUGAAUAGACCCGAUAGACAAAGAAAAGCAAGACUACAGUACAAUGUAAAGCACCCACUCGCUUGUUCUCGUGGCCCUACGUUUGAGUUGCAAAGCAAGAGGCAGGUGCUUCAUAUCAUACUUUUUUUUUAAUGGUUCGAGAAACGUGGUGUCGGGGAGGGGGCCGUGCUCUAAUUCUACUCGCCCUUCAACUGUUCCAUGCGACUACAGUCACCGAGCUCCUCCCAAAGAGUAUAUUGUUUUGUCGCAGUGGUGGUACAAUCCCCGGAGCGCCCCAACAUGGCCUGCCCUAGGAGGAGCUGAUAAUGAACCAUACAUCAGAGUCCAGGUGCAAAGCAACUGCUGGGGAGAGGAGGGGCCGCGUACAGUGGCGUGAAUGCGAACAGCACCGUCUUGCAUUGGUCAAGACUGCGAGCAGGGGGCCGCAUCCCUCCCAAACGCUCUGUAGGCGCAGCUGGGGCCCCUCCUGACGGUCGCUUUCUCUCUCGCUUUUCCCCUGCCCCUCGGAGCAAUGGCUAUUCCCAUUGGGAAAAGGGGCCUCUUUUGUCCUGCCACAGGGGGAAAUAUUCAAGAGCAGGUUUUAUUUCAAAGAGAGAGAGAGAGGGGCAGGCGUAAUUACGUCCGUUUGUUUUGAUUCACCCCGUAGCAUUUUCUUCAACUUUUCGUUUAAAUCUUUCGAUUCUCGGUCCCGAAAUUUAAUCUGCACAAGGCUGUGGAAGUUUCCAUGGAGUCUUCCUUGGUAAGCGGGACAUCCUGCCGUGACCCCCUCGAGACAGGCUUGCCAGUACAUGGUCGCAAGCAGCCAAUCGGAGGACAACCUUGAACUCCGCAGUGAAAUCAGACAAUUGUAAUUGACAAGCAAGCGGAGGGGAAACGCCCAAUUUGGUGGCCGUUCAUGCUGAAUCAAAUUACACACCCACUGCCUGUCUCAUCGCAGGCUGGGGGAUUUUGGAAUAGGGGAUUAGAGCGUUUGGAGGUUGGGAAAGGGUUUUUUGGUUGCUAGAAGGCCACUAUAAAAGAAUGGAGCCCUUAAAACCUAGCACGUUUGGGUCGGUUUUCUCUAGCGAGUACGUGUGCGCCACAUGUGUGCGGCAUUAGAAGACAUGCUAGGGUAAGCUUGUGAUUGUAAUUAUCAAACUGUGUAACAAUUUACCUUUGAGCCAUUAGAAUCUUAAAUAUUCCUUUUGAAGAAGUUUUAAUGCUGAGUUGACUGUUAUAGCAGGUGGUUUACUUGGUUGUUUUUUGCCUCGUGUGAAUCAAUGUAUUAUGGCUGUAUUACAACUGACAGUGUUUUUUUUUUGUCUGACGAACAACUACUUUAAAUAAGCGUCCGUGUUUUAAGGUACUUUCUUUAAACUUACCUAUAUUAAGUCCCUUUAAGUAACCUUUACAUUUAAGAAGAGGCUUAAAGUCUUGGUAAAGCACCUUAUUUUUUAGAAAGCAAACAGCAUACGCAAUCAAAAGGCAUGUAGGGUUCCAGACUGCAAACUCGGUAUUCCCAUGACAACUAAUGUUAUCUUUAUUAUUGCACUUAUGUUCCAUUUUGGAUUGUUUGAUUCUAUUUGCACUGGUAGCAUAUGUCGGACACGUCGCUCAGUGAUUUUUAUAUGGCGCUGUUUCACUCAAGAAUGUGCUGUUUUAGGGAAAGGAAUUAAAAAUAAUAGGUCAGUAAUACGUUACAUAAACCAAUAGAUUUAUGAAUAGAUUUUUUUGUUGUUACCAUCACCUUUUACAAACCCCCAGAAGCACCGAUCAGAGCCGACAUUUAUUGUUCACGAAAGGAAUGUAUCUUUGUGCAAAGCCAAAACCGUUUUGGAAUUAGAAUGGAAUAUGCAAACUUAAAUGGCUCUUGUUUUAGAAGUCCGAAACACAUUUGUCUGUCUAUAAACCACGUUCUAGGACGUUUUGAGGUCAGUAGGUCAUUGUACGCAGGGAAGAGCAAUAACUUAAGUCAACAAGAUAUCAUAUAGAGUCAGCUCGAAGAUAAUUGCCAUGUUUAUUUGAUCCAAAAAUGCACUGUCACAAAAAUGCUUUGCAGUGGUUGACAACCCUAAGAAUUUUUAAAGCCAUGAACAUUUCAUUUACUCAAUACAAUCCCUUACAAGACGUUUUCGCAAGGAAAACAAUAGCAGCUCACGGUCUGAAAUGCAUCACUUCAUAGUUUGGUUUCUUUACCAAACAUCACAAUUUCUAAUAGAUGUAGGAGAAUGAAGCCUGGAUUCAUGAGAAAUAUGCCGUAUGUUUUAACAGGCUUUCAAAGGGAUACAUUGUUAAGGGAUACAUAACAGCGAGAUCUUUUUGAGUAUUAUUUAUUUGAUAGUACAAGACUAUAUUUAUCGACAUUUAGGGAGAUGUAUAAUAAAGACUGACUACCAUAGGCAUAUCAAUACAAAUAUUUCACUAUAUAAGCAAUUCUGAAAAUAUUCUAAUAGCCUACUUUUAAGUUUUUAAUACUAAGGCGCCAUCCCAAUAGAAAAAGUGUGAUGUUGAUGAAGCCCCCGUUUUAAACACGAUGAAAAUAUAUGACCAAAAAAUAAGGUACACUACAAUCAGUGGGGGAGGGAACCUCUGUAGUUUAGUUUGUACAGCAUUUGCCUUCAUUAGAGCCUAUACUAAACGAAAAAAGGGUAUUUAAAUACAAAAGAAAUAUCUAAAUGCCCUAAUGGCAGGAUACACUGCAGCCCAGAUGAAAAUAUAUAUAUUUAAAAUCCUUAUCAGAAUGGUUUAAUGGAGUUCAUUGAAAUAAAGUCAGCCAGCAAACUGCAUCAUCAUUUCAGGAUGACAUGAGCACUGUUGUUAUGCCUAAUCCAAAAUAACAUUCUGAUAGGGAGGAAAUGGGAGUAUAGUCAAGAUUUAGGAGAGGUGGUCCGGUUUACAAUUUAACAGGUUUAAGAAUGUGAUGUCUAACGUGAAGCUUAAUAUUAAGAACCACUGUGAAUCGUUUCCGUUUGCUAUUUUCAGUCAUUUCGUGGUGUUGUUAAAUAGUUGCAAUUCAACUACUUCUUUCUCCUUCUCGUUUUGGUUGUGCAUGCUGAGAAAUUCUUUUCCAGAGCGUUAUUUACAUUUGAACAGCUGAGAUCUGUGAAUGGAAAUUUAUAAAAGCCACUACAGGAUUUUAAUGUAACGGUGCAGAACGACACCAGUUUAUUUUUCCAGUCCCAACAUAAAGUAUCUAAUGCACAAAAAUAACGUUCCACAUUUCUAUGAUGGGUAUAUUUGCGCUUUUAAUUUUACUAUGUUUUUGGUUAGAUAAACAGUAUACUCUUAUACAAGUUCUUACAUAACAGAUAUCAAAGCUGCAUGCAUUUAUCUAUAACCACUGCAGCAUUCAUGUCAUAAUAUCACCAGAGAACAUAUACUGUACGUCAUGCACUUAAGCAAUUAUAAUGCCUUUUCUCAAUAUAGUUCAAAGGGCAAAUAAUGUAUUUGAAUGUAAAAAAAGGCCACCCAACCGAUGUCUAAUUUUGCCUUUUUGUUCAUUUCUCAAAAGCAAGCUUUAAGUUGAAAUUCCUGGCUAGAGAAAUACCACCAGACUUGUUUUGGUUCUUCCUCACAGCAUUUAUACAAAGCAAAAUAAAAGGGAAAAAUGUCUUAUAGCUCUUUCGUAAGAUUCUAUUUUGCUAACAUGCAUUAUUAUUUCAUAGAAAGAGGAAGAGUUCAGUAUCUGGAUGUUAUUUAUGAAUAUCUUUAAUGAAGCAAACAUAUUUAUAAGUAACCUCAAGACGUUUUGUUUUUUAAGUAAUAAAUUAAAAAGUUAAUAUAUUUCUAAAACGCAUGGAGUUGAGUUUUUACUAAAAUGAUUAAAACUAUAGAAUUUUUAUUUAUGAAAGGUAGAUAAUGCUUCAUACUUAUCCUUGACAGCAUAAUACAAGCGGGGCGGGGUUUCGAAGGCUUAUAUUUUAGCGCCGUUUUAAAUGCGUGCAUUAAUGAUAGGACAGAAAAUAUUUUAUAGGAUUUUGGGGUAUUUUACUCACUUCAAGUUUGUGCCUCAAUACCGCAUUUUUGCAUAGCAGAAGCACCCAGUGUUGUGUGCUCAACCUUUAACGCCAUAUAUAUCUGAGUGGAUAGGUCCCUUUCCUUUUAUUUUUUUGCUUUUCUUUGUUCUUAAAUGCAAUCGUUGUGAAGCAAAUGACCGUAACAGGGUGAAUAGGAAAAUGAUUGUGCAUUCACACAGUAAAACAAACAAACUCCGUUAAAUGUAACAUUGUUACAAUUUUCAAAAAUAUGCAUGGAACUAAAUCUGAAAUCACAGAUGUUUUUUUAUUUCCUCAAAUCUGAUAUUCAGUUAUUAUAUUUGUUUCAACAGAUCUCGAGCACAUUCAAAGUAAUACGGUUAUUUGCAUGUGACUGGUAUCAUCUCUUAAAAAUUGAGGCUUAUGUACGAGCCACACUCGAGGGCUAAUGAUUCCUUUUCAUUAUGACCCGGGGUGUCUCGAACAUGACAGAGCACUCAACUAUUGUUUACAAGGUUAUACUUAAAAAAAAUACACACACACACAGUCUCAAUACUUCAUGGUGAACGCGCAUCUUUGUUUUGGCUCUGUGGUGGCAAUGAUAGUCGUGUAGUGGUUUCAAUUUCAGUCAGACAGGAACAGUGAAGAGGGGUGAGGAUGGUCAUUUCGGUGACCUCACUUGGGUUGAGUUACUCCAGUCCGACAGUAUGUAUUUGGUAGCUUCCAGCACAGUAGAAGUGGUUCAUACAGCUCUCAUAGUGGUCAUAGUGUAUUAGUUUGGUCAAGCAUCUCCUGAUGCUAGUGUUCAAUUUAUUGUUGAUAUACGAGAGGUUUGCCAUAUCAUAGACAAGGCUAGCCGAUACUCCACGAGUGGUUUCAUUUCAUGAUUCAGUAUGGUGUCCGCAUGAGGCACACAAAUUGCAGGUUUUCUUCUUAGAACAUGUUUUUUGUGCGUUUCUUUUUUGAUAUUUGAUCAAUGUAUCUAUGCCAUACUAGUUUUGAUUUGUUAUUUUCGAGAAAUUGUAUUGUAAAUGUUUCUAAUAAAACAAACAGAACGAUC